AUUUUAGGUGAUCAUACCAUAAGGAAAGGACGUGGACAUACAAUUAAUGCAAAAUUUAGAAAGAAAAAAGAAAGGCUUAUGGCAAAAGGAAAAAAAUAUUGACAUUCAAUUUCCUCCACCAUUUUAUAAGAUAUGUGGAAAACAUGCAAAAUAUUUUAAGUCCGAGGCACAAGUUUGUAUACGCCAGAAAGCUCCUUUGCAAGUUAAUAGUUGGAGUGAAAUAACUAAAGAUGAUGUAGAUGAAAUGUGGAAACAUAUGAAGGAUGCAUUAAGUUUAUCUGAUGAGGUUAAGGAAUAUGCAAUGAAGCAAAUUCAAUCUCAAUACAAAAAUAAGCUUUAUCAUUUACAUCAACUAUAUCUCAAAAAGAAGGGAAGGCCAAAAAAUGUAUCUCCUGAUGAUUGGAAUUGGUUAAUCAAUAAUAAGUGGAGUGAUUUAAAAUUUCAGGAAAGGAGCUUCAAAAAUAAAGUUAAUUGAAGCAAGCAAGAGAUGAAAUCAAUUACCGG